UACUAACCAUAAUGGGUUUACUUACAUGAUAUAUAUGGUUUUUAAUCAUGAAUAUUGGCACUUAUAUCAUUAAAGUAGUAAUCUCAUUUACUUUCUCUGGUUAGUGUGAAAAAUGGACAGCCCCUCACAGGAGGAAUUAACAAUGUACAUGGCGGCUUAUUCUGUCAUGUUACAUUUUAAAAACAUAUUAGCUGUCUUAGUUGCGAUAUUGGAGUACUAUGCGACUAAUUUUGUUCGAAGGAAGAGGAAGAGAAGUCAAAAGGGAAAUGCUUAUGAGAGAUACCAAAUAAGAUGCCUAAAUAUUAGAAGUAUGAUUUGGGAUGAUGAUAUAGAAUGUGUGGAUAGCAUUAGGAUGGAUAGGAGAGCUUUUUACAAGCUCUGUAAUAUGGUUGAAAGCAUUGGUUUGCUGCGGCCAACAAGGAAUACGCCUAUUGAAGAAAUGCUUGCUUCAUUUCUCUAUAUUUUGGCUCACCAUACUAAAAAUAGAGUAGCCAAGAGAGAAUUUGUGCGCAGCGGUGAAACAAUUAGCAGACACUUUAACAGUGUUUUACUUGCUAUCUUAAGAUUACACGAAGUUUUGCUUAAGAAGCCCGAACCAGUACCUCAAAACUGCAGAGCACACCCAUGGAAGUGGUUUAAGAACUGUUUAGGUGCAUUAGAUAGAACGUAUAUUAAGUUAAAUGUUGCAGAGCAAGACAAACCCAAAUAUAGAACAAGGAAAGGUGAUUUGGCCACAAAUGUAUUGGGAGUUUGCUCUCAAGAUUUAAAUUUUAUUUACAUACUACCUGGUUGGGAAGGGUCCGCUGCUGAUGCAAGGGUUUUAAGAAGUGCAGUUUCCAGAUCCAAUGGUUUUGUAGUUCCUCAAGGUAUUAAUAGUGGGAAGUAAAUAAUACUUGUAGUCUCUCUUAGUUAUAUUUUCAAAUCCAGAUAACUUCUAACCAUAAAAUAUUACUCUAGGUUACUACUAUCUCUGUGAUGCUGGAUACAGUAAUGCAGAUGGUUUCUUGGCUCCGUAUAGAGGCCAGCGCUACCACUUAAAAGAAUGGAGUCAAAACAAUCAACCUAGAACAAAAGAGGAAAUGAUUAAUUACAAACAUUCUAGCGCACGUAAUGUCAUUGAGAGAUCAUUCGGGUUACUUAAAAUGAGAUGGGCGAUUCUUCGUGAAAGAUCUUGGUAUCCUAUCAAGACGCAUUGUAGAGUGAUAACGGCUUGUGCUUUACUGCACAAUCGUAUAAGAAGGGAGAUGCGAAAGGAUCCACUUGAAGAUAAGGUGCCCGAAGAUUAUGUUGAUCCUGACACUUUGUUAAAUGUCCCAAACAUACAAGAUAUUGAACCUUCCGCUGCAUGGACUGCAUUUAGAGAUAAUUUAGCACAAGAAAUUUGGAAUGAGUGCCGUAGGAAUUAAGUUUGAACUUACUGGAUUUAUGCAUUGUUAUUAUUUCGUUACUAGUUAUUUAUCUGUAAUGGACGUUUUUAUUACUAUUUCAAUAGUUGUGUUUGGCAUUUAAUUAUAUUAUUCAAGUGUAUUGACAUGUUGACC